AUGGCAAUUACAGAGAAUUAUCAUUCUCAAUGGCUAUCUUUACUGAUAUGUGCGUUGGUUUUACUACAAACUAGAGCCAUUGUAAACAUUCCUUUAACGUUUCCUGAAAAUGCCAAGGCUAUGGGAGCUUUGUGCCUUGAUGGAAGUCCCCCUGCAUACCAUUUCAGAAAAGGUCGCCAAGAAGGCCAAGACAAUUGGUUGAUUUACAUGGAGGGCGGCGGAUGGUGUCAUAGUAUAGAGGAAUGCAAAUCUCGAACACUGGAUCAUAAGGGUUCAUCCAAACAUAUGAUGGAGAAUAUUCACAUGUUUUUAGGUGGCAUAUUAAGCAGAAACCCAGGCAUUAAUCCUUCCGAAUUUCGCAAUUGGAACAUUGUUAUCAUGAGAUAUUGCGAUGGAUCCUCCUUUACUGGGGAUGUUGAACAACCGGUCGAUAACCUCUACUUUAGAGGUAAAAGGAUAUUUGACGUGAUAACAAAUGAGCUGCUGGACAAGGGAUUGAACGAUGCUAAGGAGGUGUUUCUAACAGGGACUUCCGCUGGUGGUGUAUCUGUAGUCUUGAAUUGUGAUCGUUUCCAUAAACUCCUAUCAAACACUACUACCAAAUUCAAAUGUUUGAGUGAUGGUGGUUAUGUUAUCCAUGCCAAAAAUGACCCCAAACAAGCCCAAGGAUUUGAAUCAAUGUUCAAGGAUGUGGUUUCCUUACACAAUUCUACUGGGAUGCUACCUCACACAUGCACUGAGAAGAUGAAAGAGAAGCCAUAUCUUUGCAUGUUCCCACAAUACGUGGUGGAAGAUAUGGUGACACCAAUUUUCAUUUUAAUGUUGCCAUAUGAUGCAUACCAGAUUAAUGUUACACUGGGUCAUGAGGUUUACUUUGCCCUCCGCAAAUCCUUUAAAGACCACGUAAAGUUGCCUACACCUAUAUAUCAAGUCCUGAAAGAUUUCAGAUUGCAAUUCUUGGAUGCACUGCCGCCCUGCAAACCAUCAAAUGGAAUGUUUAUUAACAACUGUUUCGGUCAUACAGAGAUCGCUACCAUUACUUGGAAUAUAGAUGGUAACAAAAUAAACAACGUGAUAGAUGUACAAGCAAUACGAGAUUGGUACUUUGACCGAAAAGGAGUGAAUUUAAUUGAGAAGAUAGACUUGAUUAAGAAUUGCACUGCAGAUACAUACUUGGCUUCUUAAUGACUUGAUGAUA